CACACAGAGAGAGAGAGAGAGAGAGAGAGAGAGAGAGAGAGAGAGAGAGCACUCCAGGCUGGCGCAGGCACCGGUCCGGGAGAACGGAGCAUUGUGCAAGGUGCCAGCAUGGCUUCGUCUCACGGGAGAAGCGACCUGCGGUUCGCAGACUGGAUGGCAAGUUUGCCGCAGGGCAUGCACACUAUCCCGCUCACUAACCUCGCCAUUCCCGGCUCCCACGAUUCCUUCAGUUUCUACAUCGAUGAAGCAUCUCCGGUGGGCCCUGAGCAGCCAGAGACGGUGCAGAACUUUGUUUCUGUUUUUGGCACAGUGGCCAAGAAGCUAAUGAGGAAAUGGUUGGCUACACAGACUAUGAACUUCAUCAGCCAAUUGGAAGCUGGGAUCCGCUUCUUUGACCUGCGCAUCUCCACCAAGCCCCGCGACCCUGACAAUGAGCUCUACUUCGCCCACGGGCUCUUCAGUGCCACGGUCCGAGAAGGCCUGGAGCAGAUCAGUAGUUUCCUGUCAGCUCACGCCAGAGAGGUUGUCUUCUUGGACUUCAACCAUUUCUACGGCGUGCAGAACCUGCACCAUGAAAAACUGGUAGCCAUGCUGAAAGAGGUGUUUGGAGAGAAACUCUGCCCAGUUGUGUUUGCUCAGGAGGUGACUCUGCAGUAUCUGUGGGAGAAGGAGUACCAGGUGCUUGUCUUCUACCAUCACCCCAUGGCGCUAGAGGUGCCCUUCCUGUGGCCAGGCCAGAUGAUGCCCUCUCCCUGGGCCAACACCACUGACCCGGAGAAGCUGAUUCAGUUCCUCCAGGCGUCUGUGACUGACCGCAGGAGGAAGGGGACCUUCUUUGUCUCCCAGGUGGUUCUGACGCCAAAGGCCAGCACUGUGAUGAAAGGCGUGGCCAGCGGACUGAGGGAGACAAUCACAGAAAGGGCAUUACCGGGCAUGAUGCAGUGGAUUAGAUCGCAAAGACCCGGGGAGAGUGGCAUCAACAUUAUCACAGCUGACUUUGUGGAGCUCGGGGAAUUCAUCAGCGCAGUCAUCACCCUCAACUAUCAUCACCUGGCUGACGAUGAUGACGAUGACGCCACCUGAGAGCCCACAGGAGGUGUCGGAGUGUGCAGUCACCGCCACUAGUAGCAGUGGUUGGGGUCUGUGCUCUCAACCUUUUCUCUUUGCCAUUUAUUUCAGAAGGGGAGCUGCACAGCUCCUUUCACUUUAUUUAGGGCUAUAGGGAACUGAGAGAUCAGGAGAGAUGAAACGAAACAAGCUGACAUGGUAGAAGCAAUGGUGAUGUUUGGCUGGAACACUGAGAAUGAGGUUUAGUUAAUUAUUUUUAUUGUUUUGUUUUGGGGGAUUGAAAACUUUUUGAUUUUCAAGCUUGGUGUUCUUUUUAUUUCCUCCCGCUGCUGUAAAAAUACCUGCUUUUUCCAGCAAAAAAGUUUGAGUUUUGAGGUUCACCACUCCAUCAAAAGUAGGUUCCUUAGAGCAUAUCAGGCCUCUAACAGUACUGAUACAUCAGUCUUGAUAUUUAGGUGAAAGUGACAGAUUUUUAGGAGCUUGUUUUAAAUAAAUCUGUGUAACUGAAAUUGUUGGCUGGUGUAAGUAGCUAGCUGUCUUCUGUCCUGUUUGGAGAAUAAGUCCAAGUGAAAUCCUCUUUCUUACUUUGCUUCUUCUCUUCAAACAAUAUGCAUCCCUGCUCUAAUCACUGUGGGUGUUUAUGAAUAAAAUUAAAAUUUGUUGUUUCCAUGCGUUUGCACAAUACAUAGAUAAAAAAGAAAAAAACAAAUCACUGAUUAAAAACACUGAUUCACUAAUUCAAAGCCACAGAGGAAGAGAGAGGGAGGGUGCAACUUGGCUAGCUGGGAAAAAACACCAACUGUGUUAUCUACAGAUAUAUUUUUGUCCGUUUGCACCAGUAAUUUUGACAUUUUCAGCAAGUGUGAAAGCUCCAAAAGAAGCAAUUUACUGUAAGAGAUGCAGGAGAGGCAACCAGUCAUUUGUAGUGGCGUGACACAGUUAUUACAUUAUAUGGUGGGUGCUGAGUCGUGAUAGCCAAAUAUAAAAAUACAGUGUAUCGGGGUACACGAGUGUAUCCGCAGAGUGUCUGUCUUUCCUUCGCUGGUUGCUUGCCCCCUGUGUGAGUCUCUGUAUUUGCUUCUAUCGUGCAGCACAUAUGAGUCAUCAUGAGAUGUAUCACCAUGUUGAAUCUUUCAUAUUAACAGGUGAUAAAACUGCAUAACAGUCACUUAGCAACUAAAUUUAUUUUAGAUGACAAAGGUUAGGUAUCAUGGGUCAGGGGUUCUUUAUGUGAACUCAGAGAUUUGACAAUAAUUGUAAAGAUCCAUCUGUAGCUCUUUGAUAAUGGAUGUUUACUGUUUUUUUGAUUCCCUGAAUUUCUGUAAAUUGGUGGUGCAGAAUAAUUAGCAUCCUCUAUUCUUAUUUGUGUUGUUGCAUUUCAUUUUAUAGUUUGCACUGUCUAUCGUAAAGAUUGAAAAGCAUGUAGAAAUGUCAUUCUAAACGACAAAGUUGCAAAGUCUGAGAAGUUACAGAUGAAAACAAUCUCACACACGCCAAACAUCCACACACCGUAUGAUCAGAGUGGCAUUUUUUGUAGAGAAUGUAUUCUGCAGCUAUGUUAUUGUAAAGUUUGCUAAUGUAAAGCCAAAAAAAAAAACAACAACAAAAAAAACAAAAACAACUUAUCUUCUCCAUUUGGUGAAUGUAUGUGUUUUGUAACUGUGCCAUUUCUGAAAGUCCCAUGUGAGUGAUUGAGUUUCAGUCAGAAGAUCAUCUUUGUAUUAUAUCCCUCAGUUUGAGCAGUAUUUCCCUCACUUCUGUGUGGUUUUGUGUCAAAAUGUUUUAUAUUGUGCAAAGUUUCUACGUUCUGUAACUAAAAAUAGUAUACUGCAGAUGAGCUGUAAAUUAUUUGAAUUAUUAUUAGAGGUCACCAACAUUUUAUUGUAACUUGUAUCUUUAGUGAGCCUCUAUCCUGCUGUUUUUAUUUAUUUAUUUUGUACUUUUUUUGCAUGAAACAAAAGCUUCUACAUGUACAGAUUGCAGUACACCAGUAGGGUCUAAGAGGUUUGUACACACCCACGGCCAGCUUUGUUUAUUGCCCUGAAAAGCAUGUGUGCAUCUCAGCUGGAACUUCUCUGUCCCUUUAAGGCAGAUGCCUAAAUCAAUUUAUUUUUUACAUGUUGCACUUCUGUAACCCCUGGAACCACACAAACAAAAAGACUUGACUUGCAAACUGUGUUGUAAGAACAUAUGUGUCUUCCCUGGUCUAAACUGUUGUAAUUGCCCCCUCUGUUCUGCCCCCUCUGUAAAAAAAAACUCCUUAGCUGUUGUAAAACUUAAAAAAAGGAAAAAAAACUUCACUCAAAUGAGAGUGACUCUGUUCUAAGUGGAAAAUGGCCAAUCAAAUAAAGCUUCUAUGCCUACUGA